AUGCCUCAUACAUCUGUGCCUGUCCCUGCGUUCUAUCAGGAAGAUGGUCCUCCACAGCCACUUCUGCUGUUGACAUAUCACACAGAGAUGCUCUAUCCAAGAGCAUCGUUUGUCUUGAUCUCUUCACAAGAAGAGAUGGCAUUCUCUACCCAUAAGCCCCACAGACACAUUCAUACUCCAUUGCGUAACUUUACAACCCCACUCACCUCCUCUCACGCUCCUACUCCCAAAGUCACCAAGUCGGUCUCCUUUUUGACAGACCAGAUUCCCCAAAAAGGCGAGCCAGAACAGAUUUCAAUGUACUCUUCCAUCUUAUCAACAGAUUCCAAUGAAUCCAAAAUUCCCAAACCAGAGGGUGAAAUGGGGCGCCCGGGGCGUGGAGGAUACAACUUGGAAAGGGCACUCAACUGGGAUACUAAUCACUUCAAGAAGUUAAGGGAGUAUGUCCACCGAUCGAUCAAUAAUCAUUGCGACACUAGCAAGAGCAGGACAAACCAGACACCUGCAGCAUUGAGUUCCGUUGAAAGAGAGGCUGUCGCUCACUUUCCGGAAUUACAUGACUAUAUGGGGUGUUGGCCAGUGGAAGAUCUCAUUCAGAUGCAACUGCAAAACAUCUCCACUAAGGAACGACAAAAACAAGCAAAAAAAAUAGUCAUAAUCUUGCAAGAUGUCCUGCUUAAUGGCUUUGUCCCCCCACAUCCUGAUGAAGUUCCAACCGAUUCAGUUGUCGAGUCCUACCCGCUCCAGGAGCUUCACCCCAUGCAUACAUAUCCACCUACCCCUCAGCCUACUGCUACCUCUGCGCCAAGCUCCACUUACCCGCUCGAGCCUACCUCACUCAGUGAGGACUUCAUGAUGACACUAUAUAACCCUUGGGGGGCUGGCCGUAGGAUGAGAGAGGAGGAGGAUCAGCGCCAUACUAAAGUUCUUCUCAAGGAAAUCGAUCAGUCAUCCGGGCUGCGCGAUGACAUGCAUGCACUACGUUAUAGCCACCACGAGCUUUUGAUGGAGGCUCAUUCGCGCGAAUUGGAGAUGCAAUCUGUCAUUGGUCAGUAUCGUGACAAGAAUGUGUACCUUGAGCACGAGAAAGUCCAGGCCCUCACCUCAUUGGAACAGCAGCACUGCAAUGAAGUUACGGCGAUCCAAAACCAGUUGGCACUUAACUUUGAAGAGGCACAACAUGCCACACGCGUGGAAAGAGAUAGUUUAUUGGCAGAGAAAGAUGCUUCAUGUCAACACGAGAUCCUCGUAGCAAGAGAAAAGCAGUUGACCGAAAAUGAAAGGGAAGUAGCUCGCCUGACCGCUGAGUAUGGUUGUAAAAUCGCUUCAUUGAAUGUGCAUCUCAGAAGUGUUGGUCUGAAGAGCUCUGACAAUUGUGUAGAAUCAAAUUCGACAGGCAAACACUGCUACACCAGCAUCACCUCCUUUAUGGCGUCAUCUUAUAGGCAAAAACCUGUUGCUACAUGCACUAACAUCCUCGGGUUUUCACCAAUUCCUGAUAUAUGCUCGGAAUCUCUUGCAGACGAAGAGCCUCAGACUUCCAGCAGUGGCGAUGCUGGUUGUCCCUUGAAUUCGUUAGUGGCCAAUGUUCUGAUUGAAAAUGUCACAGUCGGAAUGCUCGCUGAGGUGCUCGCAAAGGCGAAUGUUCGGGACUUAUUCAAAGAGGCAUUCCAUCUCACGAAAGAUGAUGAAUAUAUGCUUUACGAGGGAGCAUCGCGCGAAGCCAUCUCAUUGUUCAUAGGUGGCAUGGGUCCUGGUCCUGACCCACUUGCACUGCAGUGGGAUAUGAUGACUACGCAUAAGUCGGAUUGGAAUCAGGAAGUUAUCGAUCUCCUCUAUUCCCUGUAUAUGACCAUGCAGGAGAGGAACCACUGGACUGGGCGGUCCCAGCAGUCGAUCAGACGUGAUAUUGCACAGAAAUUUGAUCAAUGCCGCAGGUACUGGAGAAAAGCCCGUCCUCAAGUCUUAAGUGAUGGCACUCACGAGACCAUGCAACAAGUGGGAGAUCGUCUGGUAGACCAUACAAAUGAGCAAUUGCGGAUGGCUAUAGUCCUGUCCCAUAGGACAACAAAGUUCGAAACUCGUCAAAAGGUCACGUCAGCCCUACUCAGUGACAGGAAAGCGACCGGAAAGGAGGAUCUACCCAUAUGGGUGUAUUUGAACUCCAUCGUGGAGACAUUGGAUAAAGAUGAUAUGAGCUCUGAUGAGAGUGACACUGAAGAUUGUGAGAUUUUGGUUUUUCAGUUGAAGACCAUGACGUGGAGAGCUAAUUUCAGCCAUGAAAUGCAAAUAAUUGACGAGCAGCGCUUGGCGGGCGCAGCCGUCUUCACUCCAAGGGGAAGCAAGCCUGCAAAGCGUCUUCACAAUGCCAAGUGGGAGUCGGUUUGGCCAGCAGUCGCAGAUCUACCUAGAGCAUUCUACAAUCCAUUGUGGUUGAGCAACCAACGACUGUCAUUCAAGCUAUUGCACCUUGUACUAUGA